UUACGCUCCACCUCCUAACGGUCAAGACGUACAUGAAAAAGAGAGAUUUGAAGUAAGACUCACAGCUGACAGAGAUAGACAAGCAAGAGGAGGGAGAGAUAGCAGGGGAGGAAUGGAGAAGAGGAGACCGCUUUAACAAACUGUUUGUGAGGCCUUUUAGCUCUGAGUGGACUGUAACGGGGAUGAGUGGCCUGGUGAGCUACAGGGUUUGACUUUCUGUUGCUGAGGAUAAGCCGAUCAUGUAAAGAAAAAAAAAAAAAAACAGAAAAAUAGAAAAAGCAAAAAGAGGAAAGAAAAACUUAACUGUUGUUGUAUCAAAGUGCUUGAUGGCUGUUACACAGGCCGUGCUCCCUUCCUUCAGCUCCUUCUCCAGCCUCGCUCACUCCAGUGACAAUAUGAAAGUGUGGAAAACUGAGGGUGGCUCUCUCCCUCUGGACUCUCUCAGCAACAAACUGUCACCAAGCAGCUCUGAGCAGCUGCAGGUCUCUCAACAAAUGACAGAGGAGCUCCUCGACGAUGACAGCCGGGCAUCCUGGGACAUUGAGUUCCUGUUGUCUGACUGGAGCAACCCUUCACCUGACCUCAACCCCUCUCUGGAAAACACUGAUCAGCGGCUCCCACAGCUCGACCCCAACACGGCGUACCAAGAGGCCGGUAUGUUUAAGGACCAACCAGGACAGGAGUGUCUGCAGGUGAACAGUGGCAGCCUCAUGGCGGAGCUCCUGUCCCCUGCUGAAACCUCAACAGUCCAGCCAGAGCUGUACCACCGUGGUUAUAAUGGUGAGCAGACAGGUCGGACUUCAGUUCCCAGUCUACCUAAUGUAGAUCAGUUUGGCUUCCCGCAAGGAAGCAGAGGAAACCUUAUUAAAGUCACAUCAUGGGACUUCAACCCCUACUAUCCCCAGCAGCACCCGACUGUGGUCAAUUUCCCUGACAACAGGUUCAUCCAACCUCAAGCCGUGACCCCUGACCCCCGACACUACAGCUACAUGCCCAACUUCAAUCACAACACCAGCCUUUUCUGUGACUACACCCACGGCCAGGCCACCACUGGUCAUCUGCCCCUCCACCAGCAGCCCUUGCUGGUCAGACCCCAGCUGCCCCCUGCUGGGGUGGAGGGGAAGCGUGGUCGAAGGACCCCAGGGAAAAAGAGGCCCGCCAUCCACAGCUGUGAAUACCCUGGCUGCAGCAAGACCUACACCAAGAGCUCACACCUCAAGGCUCACCUUCGCACCCACACAGGGGAAAAGCCUUACCACUGUUCCUGGGAGGGCUGCAGCUGGAAAUUUGCCCGUUCAGAUGAGCUGACACGUCACUACCGCAAGCACACGGGCCAGAAACCCUACGAGUGUCUGCUGUGUCAGAGGGCCUUCUCCCGCUCUGACCACCUGGCUCUGCACAUGAAGAGACACACCUGAAGCUAUCACACACACACACACACACACACACACACACACACACACACACGCGCACAGACACAAAGAAAUUAAAAGGUAGAAAACUUAUGAUGACUUGGAUAUUGAGUGCUUGUCAGUGAUCACAGAUAUUGCCUGAACAUUUUUCCAGUGUUAACUUUAAUAAACAUGAACUUGAGUACUUGAGUAGUUGGCAGGUAAACAAUACAGGUUCACAGGUAGACUUAGACUUAGGCUGUGAAAACUGACAACGAAACCAGUGGUUGGUUGGUGUCACAAAUCAUUGUGUACAUGCUGCCUGGAUGUUGUUGAUGUUGUAAUUGUCAGAUUUCUUGUCUAUUUCUUGUUACUUCAGAAGACAAAUGUGACAAAUCCAAUUCAAAAUCCUUCAACAUAUGAAAUUCUCUUUUUUAAAGGAACAAUGGAUAUCCAAAGCUUAAAAAAAUGACCAUCAGAUAAUGUUUGCUUAAGCACAAUUAAAAAAAAAAAAAAAAAAAAAAAAAGUAUCAGAAUUGAUGUAGCAGAAAGAGUGAUAUCGUGGCAUGGCACCUACAUCACCCACAGUUCAGUUGGAGAUUCAGGUGGAUUCAGGUGUGUUAUGCCAGUAGCAGCUAAUGUAGCCAUGAGUCUCCAGCCUCAAGCAGAGAUGAGGAGCAGGCUUUAGACCUUCAACUCCACACUCCAAGAUUUUUAUUGUUAUUUUCAAACUUGUUGUCUUCAGCCCCAACUGAAGAUGACUCAAGUGACAUCACUUGAGGCAAUACAUCAGCCUUCAUGCAUCUCCCUCUGGAGCCACAAAAGGCUUUAUACAACUUGUUUCACAGGUGUAGUUGCACUCUACCAGACCUGUCACAGGAUCUGACACGUGAAACUGGCACACUUCCCCUAUAAUGCGACAGUCUAGGUUUGUUUUUAAUUCCAGUUUAGAUUCCAUGAAGUCACACUGGUUACCUGGACAUCGUUAAGACACAUAAGACACACACUUUGAGGACCUUCAUUGGUGUAAUGAUUUCCCAGAUUUCCCAGUGGUUCUCAAACUUUUUCUGGCAUGUCCCCCUUCAGAAGCCAAAAAAGUGGACUAACACUGUACACACUAUGUAGACAGCGGACUUAAACACUAACAAAAGAACUACCAAAAAUGUGUGUAACAUAGGUUAUAACAGUGUAUCCAGUAGGAAGUCGUGGUUCAUUCACAAAGUCAUGACCACUGAGCUGCAUCAGCGCUGGGAUGAUCUGAUAACGAUGUCUGAUUUCCCUCUCAAGCAAGAACUUCAGUGCCGCCACUGUGGUGAUAAUGAUUGUAACUUUACGUAUAUGAUUGUACAGUAAGUGCAGGGUUGUGUAUUUUUGUCAUCUAACUUUAUUUUUGUCUGUUUGGGGAAUUUUAAUUUAAGAAAAAUGUGUAUGCCUUUUUUCUCUCUUAUCAAGCAGAAUUCAAAUGUGUAAAUAAUCUGCAUCUUUCUCAGUUGUCUAUUAUCAUCUACAAUUGAGCAACAUAUUUAUUAACAUGAUCUUUUAUAUCAACAGAAGAUAUUAUAUUAUUAUAAUAUACAAUGUUUUUCUAUUCUCAGAGGAGUGCUUUAAAGUUUUUGUUUUUUUUUAUUAUUGCUAUCGUUGUCAUAGAUUCAAUAAAGACCUCUAAUGCUGUAAAAUUG